AAGUGUGGCAGGUUCAGGACAUGUAUAGGCUAUAUCUAGUCUGCUCAACUUGACGGCUGCAUCGACGACAGUCUCCGGUACCAAACAGACUUUAUAUGUAAAGAUAUAAGAUCAUGUAUGCGGUUGUUACCUUGCAAGACUCAGAUGAGGUGAUGGUGGUCGCAUCAAACUGGUUGAGCCCAGACAAUAAACAAUGUUACUGGCCCCCAUUCAAAUCAACGGAGAAGUUCAUGGAAGCUGUUCAGAACAGACUUAAACCUGAAACAGGAGGAAAAACAUGGGAGAAAUUAAAUAUUAGCUUUCACACUGAAUUUGUCAAAUUUGACAAUGCAAAAGAAGAGCAAAGAGAAAUGAAACAACAACAAGAACGGUCAAAAACCACCUUUGGAAUACUAAAAAGACAAAGACUUGAAAAUACUGUAGGAAUGUUAAAAAAUCAGUUACAAACAUUUCCUCCAGUACCACCUGCAUCCAGGACAGAUGACAAGGAUGAGCUCCUCCAAAUGCUGAGAGAAAUCAAAAGUAUGGUUCAGGAAAACUCUGCCAUGUUAAAGAAACUACUGAAAGACAACACAGAUUCGGAAGUCCCCAGCAGCAGUACCAGCGUGCCAAAUAAAGAGGUUAAAACAAACCUAAAUCUGCCUCUUAAAACCUUUGAAGAUGUGAACAAGAUUGAAAGGGAGCUCAACACUGCAGCAUCACGCAAAAAAAUGGUACAACAUCUGUCAAGUCUUGGAGGUUUUGGGACCAGGGAUGUGAUUAAGAAUAUUAUGCAGCGCGUCCUAACAGAUGACCUGGCAAAGGAGUUCAACUGGCAGGGGAGAGGAGAUAAAAAGCCCUUCUCUAAGCUUAUUUUAGCAGAUGUAAUCAGAGAUGCUGCCUUUAGACGAAGUGUAAUCAGGGUUGACUGUGAAAAUGAAAUAAAAAAAUAUCUGAGUUACACAGCUGACCGACUCAGAAAGAGACCAAGAGAACAAGCAGGUAUUGGGCCUGAGAUCCCAAACGUGAUUUCUCCUACACCAAUGGACGAUGAUGAUGACCUGGAAGAAAUUUGGAAACUCUUUGCGGACUGAGUUUUAAAUCAUCAAUCAUGGAUCACGUGGACCUAAUAACACAUGAAAAAUCCAUUUUGUCAAGGGAUAGGAAUGUUAUUUUGAGGGUCCAAUUCUCACCAUCAACCCUUAAAUGCAUAUAGACUUGGCAUAGGGGAAAACAUUCAUGGACAAGUAUAACUUAUGUAGAACCUAUGUAGAAUGUACAUGCACUUUUAAAAACGGGAUGAUCAAUAAGUUAUGACAACAUAUAUUUUUACAUUGCUUUAA